AUGUCGGAUAACAAGGAAGACCUUGUCCAGCGCGCCAAGCUCGCCGAACAGGCUGAACGAUACGAUGACAUGGCGCAAGCCAUGAAGAAGGUAUACUUUUGCAAUUUUUCGAUUCAUUAAAUAAAUUCAACUUAUUCCAGGUGACUGAGCAAGGCACCGAGCUUUCCAACGAGGAAAGAAACCUUCUUUCCGUUGCCUACAAGAACGUCGUUGGAGCUCGUCGUUCAAGCUGGCGUGUCAUCUCCUCAAUCGAGCAGAAGACCGAAGGAUCCGACAAGAAGCAACAGAUGGCCAAGGAAUACCGCCAGAAGGUAAAUUACCGUUUAUUUUUGAACUUUUUCAAACAUAUUUGUUGUUAUAGCAAAUUUUGUUUUACCUUAUAAUUUCAGGUCGAGAAGGAGCUGAAUGACAUCUGCCAGGAUGUGCUCACCCUUCUGGACAAGUUCCUCAUCCCGAAGGCUGGAUCUCCUGAAUCCAAGGUGUUCUACCUGAAGAUGAAGGGAGAUUACUACCGUUACCUCGCCGAGGUCGCUUCUGAAGACCGUGCGGCGGUCGUCGAGAAGUCGCAGAACGCCUACCAGGACGCCUUCGACACGGCCAAGGAAAAGAUGCAGCCGACGCACCCGAUACGCCUCGGCCUUGCCCUCAACUUCUCCGUCUUCUACUACGAGAUCGUGAGCACACCGGAGAAGGCUUGCCAGCUCGCCAAGCAAGCGUUCGACGACGCGAUCGCCGAGCUCGACACGCUCAACGAGGACUCGUACAAGGACUCGACCCUCAUCAUGCAGUUGCUGCGAGACAAUCUCACUCUGUGGACCUCGGAUGCUGCCACCGACGAAGCUGAAUAUUCUGAGCAACAGACGGAAGCGCAGUAA